CAACACCUGAAGUAUAUAAUGCGAUCAUUUAAAGUUGUGUUGAAUAUUUUAAAUUUUCAAAAUGUUUAAAUUUAUAAAAAAUAUAGCGACUCUUUGUUUAAUACUUUUAAUCGCUUCAACAUCGACACACAAGGAUGUGUUUUAUAUAAGUGAAAUAGUAGGAUUUUAUGAUACUUUUACUGAUUUUAAUUUAACCAAACUGAACAAUAAACAUUAUUUUAAACCAGUUAGUAAUGAGUGGAGAACACAAAAAUGUGAAUCAUUAGGAUUCAAAUUUAACAAAUCUUCUUCUUUUUUAAAAAAAAAUAAAACCACUGACUCAUUAUAUUUAUUAACGGAGCUUGAUGAACAAUUUUUGGUGUAUGAUGAUCGUGAAAACUGUUUAUAUAUGACAUUAUUACUGGCAAUAUGCGGAGAUAAAAUGAAUUAUUAUGAUCUCCGUAAAAAAGUUUUAAAUAACAUGAGGAAUAGUAAAGAGCUUUUAAACUUGAUUGGCGAAGAAAAUCUUGAUAAAUAUUUGACAUUAAAAAAAGAAAAAGUUUUAAAUGAUUAUGCUUCAGUUGUUGAAUUAAUAGCUACAGCUGAAUAUCUUGAUGUAUGUAUUUAUUUAUAUGUCCCAGCGUUUAAAGAAUGGAUAUUAUAUUACAAAGACUGGCCAAAUUAUGAAAAAUUUAAUAUGGAAAAUGAGCAUUGUUUAUAUUUAGUUAAAAUGGAUGUACACAUAUUUGUUAUUGUUGAUACAAAACCUGAUGUUUCAAAAUAAAUUAUUUUUUGUAAUCAUA